AUGAAAAUGAGGAAAUUUCCCGCCGUCUCCGGCACUCGAAGAAAUCCUCAUUGCUGGUCCAACCUUCCUCUAGAUCUCAUGCAGAUGUACUGUCUCUUGUUCAAUCCCGAAAACAAAGAAAAAAUCUACAAAACUCAACCUCUCGGCGUCGAUUUAAAAGAUCGUACUUGCGUGGCGACUUGUAGAAGCUGGCUUUUGAUGGAACCUCCUUUUAGAGGCAGGGAAAGACGUUUUUAUAUUAUAGAUGUUGUAACCCGCGAGAGGAUAAAUCUACCGGGCGUUGUUAUUGAAUCGGACAGAUUAAUAUAUUUCCUUCCAGUGAGAAGUCUCCGGUCUCCGAUAUUAUGGAUAGACGAGAAAACCAAAGAUUACCUAGUUAUAAGACUGGUCGAUGAUGAAGCUCUGGUUUGUUUCAAGAAAGGAGAUGACUCGUGGAAACAGAUCCCACAGUUGCCAUUCUCAUGUAUCUACACGUGUUUUCACAUGGUAUACAAAGAUCACAAGCUUUAUUGUCUCAACUAUGAUGAUCUCCAUAUCUUCGAUUUCUCUGGAGGUAUUCCGCUGCAAGUCUCGAGAAUUAGCGUGCAUGGUUACGUGAAAAGAGAAAAAUGGUUUGGCAUCAUUUCCUGCAGAAAUUGGGGAAUGAAUGUGGUUCGCAGGAAGAAUAAUGUGGUGGUCACUGUAGGAGGAGAUGUCUUGAUUAUGGCCUCCACAGCGUCAGCCUUAGCCCAAUCUCCUCCUCGGAAAUUUCCAGCCGUCUCCGGCACUCGAAGAAAUCCUCAUUGCUGGUCCAACCUUCCUCUAGAUCUCAUGCAGAUGGUUUUUGAACGGCUUGGCUUUACCGAUUUCGAACGAGCUAAAUCGGUUUGCUCAUCUUGGCAAUCCGGUUCGAGACAAUCUCAGCCAAAGAAUCAGAUCCCUUGGAUGAUUAUAUUCACCUGGCACAAGAACUACUGUCUCUUGUUCAAUCCCGAAGAUAAAGAAGAGCUCUACAAAACUCAACCUCUGGACGACGACGGCUUGGAAGAUCGUACUUGCGUGGCGACUUGUAGAAGCUGGCUUUUGAUGGAACCUCCUAAUGGAGGCAGAGAAAGACGUUUUUAUAUUUUAGAUGUUUUAACCCGAGAGAGGAUAAAUCUACCGGGAAUUGAAAUUGAAUCGGACAGAUUAAUAUAUCUCCUUCCAGUGAGAAGACUCUGGUCUCCAAUAUUAUGGGUAGACGAGAAAACUAAAGAUUACAUAGUUAUAGGUCUGGUUGGUGAUGAAGCUCUGGUCUGUUUGAAGAAAGGAGAUGACUCGUGGAAACAAAUCCCACAGUUGUCAUUCUCAAGUAUCUACAUGUGUUUUCACAUGGUAUACAAAGAUCACAAGCUUUAUUGUCUCAACUAUGAUGAUCUCCAUAUUUUCGAUUUCUCUGGAGAUAUUCCGCUGCAAGUCUCGAAAAUUAGCGUGCAUGGUUACGUGAAAAGAGAAAAAGAUUUAGGCAUCAUGAGACACCGCAUGCCUUGGGGAAUGGAGGACAAAGUGGUUCGCAGGAAGAAUAGUGUGGUGGUCACUGUACGAGGAGAUGUGUUGAUUGUCAGGAGCAAAAGACGUCCGCAAGAAACAUGGCGUUUUAGAAUCUACAAGAUGGAUUCAUCCAACGGGAACAACUGGGAGGAGAUUGUUUCUUUGGGAGAUGAGGCGAUUGUUUUAGAUUUGGGUGUCACAGUGCUAAGGACCUGGAAGGAAUCACUAGUAACUCCAUAUACUUCAGUGACCAACGUGAUGAACUCUUCAUAUUCAAUCUCGAUACAAAGAAGAUUGAACAACCACAACAACUUGUUUCUUCGUCCGAUCUAUUCUCUAAUGCUC